AUGGACGCAACGGAGAGCAGCAGGCUAAGCGAUGGAAUCGAUGCGCCAUUGUGGAUGUUUUGGAAGCGACGCCGGUACGUGGUGGUGUUUAUGGCGUUCUUUGGGUUCUUCAAUGUCUACUCGUUGCGCGUGAACCUGAGCGUGGCCAUCGUUGCGAUGACGGAGAACCGAACCGUCGAGUACCCGAAUGGAACCAUCGGCUACGAGCAAGAGUUUGACUGGGACUCGACCACCAAAGGCUACAUCCUGAGUUCGUUCUUCUACGGCUACAUCUUCACGCAGCUCCUGGGUGGUUACAUCUCCAACGCGCUCGGAGGCAACUACGUGUUCGGGGUUGGCGUUGGUGUGACGGCCUUGCUGACCCUGCUGACCCCGCUGGCAGCCCACGGCGGUUUCGGCUGGUUGAUCGCGGUGCGUGCGAUGGAGGGUUUCUUCGAGGGCGUCACCUUCCCCUGCAUCCACGCGAUCUGGUCCAAGUGGGCCCCACCGAGCGAGCGAUCGCGGAUGGCAUCGAUCACCUUCUCCGGCGUGUUCACCGGGACCGUCGCGUCGAUGCUGCUGAGCGGAGUCCUUGCCGACACGGUCGGCUGGGAGAGUGUCUUCUACAUUCUCGGUGGCUUCGGGUGCGUGUGGUUCGUCGCCUGGAUGGUGAUUGUGAAGAAGUCCCCCGAAACGGACCCGUACAUCACACCCAAGGAGAAAGAGUUCAUCCUGGCGACGAUGCAGCGUUCGGGGAGCGCAGCCAGCGAGCGGAUCGUCCAUCCUUGGCGUGGUAUCCUCACGUCGGUGGCCGUCUGGUCGCUG